AUGUUUGAAUUGGAGUUAACUGCAAGGGAAAAGGACAAGGAUGGAGCGCAGAUCGAUUCUUUGUCAUUGAUGAAAAGGGUAUUGGAGAGUCUGAACGAGAUUGUAGAGACUGCAGACAUAAAGGUGACGGAGAAGGGGCUAUCUAUCCAAGUGAUGGAUGUGACACAUGUAGCCUUUGCAGACAUUUUUCUAUCGUCGGCCAUGUUUACGAAAUAUCGUUGUGAUAGAGAACUAGUGAUUGGAGUCCAGCUUAAGACAUUCACUAAGAUAAUCAAAGGAAUGAGUGUUGAGGGAGGAGGGGUAUUCAGGUUGGAAUGCGAUGAUGCAACAACAGACUUGAAUGUUAAAAACAUCAGGGAGGGGAACGUCCUUAGUUUCAAGCUAAAACUCUUUUCUUCAGACUCUGAGGCUUAUAGUGUCCCUGAGUUUGAGUUUGAUGCAUCUGCAACCAUACCUGCUGGUGAGUUUAUUUAUGUUCCCAAGCUUGUAGGCUCCUUUGGGGAUGUAGUUGGGGUCCAAGUAGAGAACAAGACCCUAAUAUUCUUCCAGACAGGCGAGCAUGCAGAUUCAUUGAUGAGUUUUGAGGAGUCACCUGCUCGUAAGGAGCUAAAGAUCGAGGCCAAAGAACCCAUAACCCAGGAGAUUGCCAUGAAAUAUGUCAACUUGAUCAGUAAGGUUGUGCCACUCUGCAAAGAUGUGAAAAUAUCUCUGGGAUCAGGCAAGCCUGUCUUUUUUGGCCUACACAUGGAUGAUUUUUCCCACAUGAAGCUUUAUGUAGCCCCUAAAUUUGAGAGCGAUUAUUAA